AUUCAACUAUCAGCGUGUAAAGACAAUUUUCAGAAAACAAAUAUAAAAUUUAUAAAAGCAAGCUAAAUAUUUUAAUUUAGCUAGAAAGCUACAAAAGAAUUUAAAAUAAAUUUAAAAAAAUUGCAUUUGAAUGCAAAAAUCGCUUACUUUAAGCAAGUGAUCUUAAUUGAAAGGACUUAUCAACAAGUAAACAAUUAAACAAAAAAAGCAUCAUGCCACCAAACGCUGCUCCCGCUACCCAAUCGAUUACUGAAUCGCUUGUUGCUGCUGCUGGUGGUAUUUCCGAAGGAAAUCCCAAAGCCUUGACUGAGGCCGCCACCGGUGUCUUGUUCGAGCAAGAUGCUGAAACAAUUGAUGGUGGUCUGGUGAAGGAUAUUGAAAAAUUGAAAAAGGCUGAAAGACGCAAACUGAAAUUGGUAUGGCGUAAUAUAAUUGCAUUCGGUUACUUGCAUUUGGCUGCAUUGUAUGGAGCUUAUCUUAUCUUCACUUCGGCUAAAUGGCAAACCAUAGUUUUUGCUUUCGCUUUGUAUCUUGUCUCUGGCUUGGGUAUUACAGCUGGUGCCCAUAGAUUGUGGGCCCAUCGUUCGUACAAGGCCAAGUGGCCAUUACGUUUGAUUCUGAUGAUUUUCAAUACAAUUGCUUUCCAAGAUGCCGCCUAUCACUGGGCACGUGAUCAUCGUGUACAUCACAAAUAUUCCGAAACUGAUGCUGAUCCCCACAAUGCCACCCGUGGCUUCUUCUUCUCCCACAUUGGCUGGUUGUUGUGCAAGAAACAUCCCGAAGUUAAGGCCAAGGGCAAGGGUGUCGAUUUAAGCGAUUUGAGACAAGAUAAAAUCAUUAUGUUCCAAAAGAACUACUACAUGCUUUUGAUGCCGGUGUUGUGUUUCCUUUUGCCCACCAUGAUUCCCAUGUAUUUCUGGAAUGAGACUUUCAUUAACUCUUGGUUUGUAGCCACCAUGUUCCGUUGGUGUUUCAUUUUGAAUGUUACUUGGUUGGUCAACAGUGCUGCACACAAAUUCGGUGGCAAGCCUUAUGAUAAAUUCAUCAACCCCUCUGAAAACGUCUCUGUUGCUAUUUUGGCUUUCGGUGAAGGUUGGCACAACUAUCAUCAUGUUUUCCCCUGGGAUUACAAGACCGCCGAAUUCGGUCAAUACUCUAUGAACUUUACCACAGCUUUUAUUGAUUUCUUUGCCAAAAUCGGUUGGGCCUACGAUUUGAAGACUGUCUCCGCUGAUAUUAUCAAGAAACGUGUGAAGCGUACUGGUGAUGGUUCGCACGAGAUCUGGGGUUGGGGUGAUAAGGAUCAACCUAAAGAAGAAAUUGAGGCUGCUGUUAUUAUCAACAAGAAAGAUGAAUAAAUUAUGAGCGUUAGCAGUAUCAAACGUCCAUUCACUAAAAGAAAUUAAAAAUAAAAAUCAAGAACAACAAAAA